GGUGACAAUAUUCAUUACUUAAAUGCAAUGGAAGCCCCAGAGUUCAAGAGGUGUUGUUUUUGCAUACCCAUGAGAAGAGGAUUGAUUGCUUGGGGAUACGUUAAAGUGGGCCUAAACGUUCUGAUGUUAACAUUCGUAGCAUUGAUGUUUUAUUUUUUUGCUCUCCAUGGUUCCACAUUCUUUACUGCAGAUGUUGUGAUAUUUACAUUUAUUAGCGCUUGCUUAUUAAUCGAUAUUUCCUUCAAUAUUGUCUUCAUCGUGGCUGGACAUAAGAAAAGCGUUAAGUUGCUGAAACUCUCCUAUGUAUACCACAUGGUGUGGUUGGGUUUGUUGACGUUAGGAACCUGUUUCAUGCUAUAUGUGGACAUCGAUUUUAUUCAAAGAAUGUGGCCAUACAUCCAAGACAGCAAGUUCAUAUUCUUAGAAUUUCUUUCUGGUUCAGGAAUUGGGAUCAGCCUUGUAUUUGUGCAAAUCUACGUAAUCUUACUUAUACGCAGCGAAAUGAGAAAGCUACAAAAUCAGACGCUAGAAAUGCAGUUCACGAAUCACGUGGCGGCAGGUGAGCCGCGAUGCACACUUCACAACGAGUCUGACACAAACCACUGCACAGGCAAGAAACAAUAA